AUGUUACUCCUGUACGAGUUUCGUGUGUGUGCGUGUCACCCCUUGUGCGUGUCAUCUCUGGACGUGUCAUCUCUGGACGUGUCACCUCUGGACGUGUCACCUCUGGAAGUGUCACCUCUGGACGUGUCACCUCUGGAAGUGUCACCUCUGGACGUGUCACCUCUGGAAGUGUCACCUCUGGACGUGUCACCUCUGGACGUGUCACCUCUGGAAGUGUCACCUCUGGACGUGUCACCUCUGGAAGUGUCAUCUCUGGACGUGUCACCUCUGGACGUGUCACCUCUGGACGUGUCACCUCUGGACGUGUCACCUCUGGACGUGUCACCUCUGGACGUGUCACCCUUGUACGUGUCCAGUCGGCUUCUCCCGACAACCUUGAAGCUGUGUAUACAGCCGUUGAGGUUCCAGCAAAGGGUACAAGUACCCCCAGGUUCCAGCAAAGGGUACAAGUACCCCCAGGUUCCAGCAAAGGGUACAAGUACCCCCAGGUUCCAGCAAAGGGGUACAAGUACCCAGGUUCCAGCAAAGAGGUACGAGUACCCAGGUUCCAGCAAAGUGUACAAGUACCCAGGUUCCAGCAAAGCGUACAAGUACCCAGGUUCCAGCAAAGGGUACAAGUACCCCAGGUUCCAGCAAAGUGUACAAGUACCCAGGUUCCAGCAAAGUGUACAAGUACCCAGGUUCCAGCAAAGUGUACAAGUACCCAGGUUCCAGCAAAGUGUACAAGUACCCAGGUUCCAGCAAAGGGUACAAGUACCCAGGUUCCAGCAAAGGGUACAAGUGCCCCACGUUCCAGCAAAGAGGUACGAGUACCCAGGUUCCAGCAAAGGGUACAAGUACCCAGGUUCCAGCAAAGGGUACAAGUACCCAGGUUCCAGCAAAGGGUACAAGUACCCAGGUUCCAGCAAAGUGUACAAGUACCCAGGUUCCAGCAAAGGGUACAAGUACCCAGGUUCCAGCAAAGUGUACAAGUACCCAGGUUCCAGCAAAGUGUACAAGUACCCAGGUUCCAGCAAAGGGUACAAGUACCCAGGUUCCAGCAAAGUGUACAAGUACCCAGGUUCCAACAAAGGGUACAAGUACCCCAGGUUCCAGCAAAGGGUACAAGUACCCAGGUUCCAGCAAAGUGUACAAGUACCCAGGUUCCAGCAAAGGGUACAAGUACCCAGGUUCCAGCAAAGUGUACAAGUACCCAGGUUCCAACAAAGGGUACAAGUACCCCAGGUUCCAGCAAAGGGUACAAGUACCCAGGUUCCAGCAAAGGGCACAAGUACCCAGGUUCCAGCAAAGGGUACAAGUACCCAGGUUCCAGCAAAGUGUACAAGUACCCAGGUUCCAGCAAAGGGUACAAGUACCCAGGUUCCAGCAAAGUGUACAAGUACCCAGGUUCCAGCAAAGUGUACAAGUACCCAGGUUCCAGCAAAGGGUACAAGUACCCAGGUUCCAGCAAAGUGUAUAAGUACCCAGGUUCCAGCAAAGGGUACAAGUACCCAGGUUCCAGCAAAGUGUACAAGUACCCCAGGUUCCAACAAAGGGUACAAGAACCCCAGGUUCCAGCAAA